UGGUGAUUUAAGAUUAUUUAAUACUUCUAUUGUUCUGUGCGUUUUGGUCUACAGUGAAGAAUGGCUUCUUACCGGAAAAGCUCCAGUUGAGCAUUUGUUUACUUUGUUUUCUUGGUAUUAGUUUGGAUAAGAACAUAAGAAGCAGUUUGGCUUCUUACCUGUGUUAAUCUGGGCAUUUUCUCAGUUUUGGACGUUGAAGCUCUUUCCUCGGUUAUGCUGAGGACUGCACUGAUGUAACCACUCUCUCUUGGGGCCUGGUAGGUCUGUGGAGCCUUAAUUAGGUACAUACUGGGAACAAAGUACCAGAUGGGAAAAUAUCACCGGAUAUGCACUCCCCCAUUUUCCCCUCUUCCUUUUAGCAAAGCUCUCAGUUUUCCCCAGAAAUGGUCCAUGUCCAGACACAAGACUGGAGUUUCUGCCAAAAAUUCCUGAAUGACUUGGCAGAAUAUUUUCAAUGGGCUGGUUUUCUCUGCUUUGAAAACGUAGGAUGAGCACUCAGGGUUCCGGACCAAUACCUGGGCCAUUGUGACUCUCAGAAUGCCAGGCAAUAAGAGAUCAGAAAGCCGGUUCCACUGCAUCUUUGAGAUGGAGGAAAGCUUGCCAGGAGAACAAUUGCACAUCCCUCCACUCCUCAUGUUCUCAGUUUGUUCCUCUCUGUGAUGCAACCAGUAUCAUGAGAACAGCCAGCAGCAGCUCCAGCAUGAUGAAAUUUUCACUCCUUGACAAGUGUGAGAAGCCGAAAAACUAUGCCCAGCCAGAAGUUUUGUGUCACACCUUUGACAUGCUGUCUAACCUCCACAAGCUGCUUCCUAAUCACCUAAUGGAGACGCUUUAUUCCUACAGGAGUGAAGAGGACAAGAAAAAAUGUGAGAAUCCUGAACUCUCUGGCUUGGAAAGAAUCUUAGCAAGACAUCAGUUGCCAAAAGAGAUUAAUCUGACCCCAAAGCCAAACAGAAUGCCCCUGUGGAAAAGAAAAAUCAUCAACAAUGUAACAGACGGGUGGAAGAAAUGUCACUUGUUGACGAGAAACACGAAAGAGCCUCCAAUGUCCACCAUAGUUGUCAGAUGGCUGAAAAAGAACAUGCAACCCACCGAAGACCUCAAGUCAGUGAUCUGUAGGCUGUCCGCGUUUGGCCCAAUUCAGUCAGUCACUGUUUGUGGACGUCAAAGUGCUAUAGUGGCAUUCAAAGACAUGACUUCAGCCUGUAAUGCUGUGAGUGCUUUUCAAAGUAGGACCCCAGGGACCAUGUUCCAGUGUUCCUGGCAACAACGAUUCAUGUCAAAAGACAAAACUUAUUCAAAAAAAUGUACCCAGAAGACACAGCCUAAGGAAUAUAAGCAGGAAACUGAGAAAACUGCCAACAACAGCUAAAGGGACACAAACAGGAAAAUCACGGUGCCUUUUGGGUAUAUCAGAACCUACCUGAAGUUCACAAACUCUAAACAAUGAAUGCUCGACUCUGUUGUAUGAAGUAGCCACAAUGACCAACCUUCCUGCACAAAUCAAACAAGACAUACCACAAAACAGGAAUGAUGCUGAAAACUCUACAGCUUUUGCGUGAAACACGCAGAAGAAGAAAAGAAAAGCAGGACCAACUCCGAGGGCAGGUAGCAUCACCUCCACGCUCAGGGCGGGCGGCGUCACCUCCACGCUCAGGGCGGGCGGCGUCACCUCCACGCUCAGGGCGGGCGGCAUUACCUCCACGUUCAGGGCAUUUUUCUUUGUGGGCCGGUUUAACAUGAUCUUUGUGAUGCCAUCUUCGGAGGUCACCAUCAGAGUUUCGUACCCAGUUGAUUUCCUGUCUGUUCCAGGCUCCACCUGACUAGAGGAUUCCAAUGAAGAACUCAAACUGGACACCAAAUCCACAUAGUUCUGCCUGGCAGUUUCCUGAAUGGAAGAUGACAAACAGCCUCCUCAGCCCAUGGUCAAUGAAUAAGGACGUUGAGAAAGUUACUCUACUAAUAACUAGCACCUUGCAAUGAAGAAAGAAUAGAAGCGCAUUGAGAUCUUGAAGGCUCCAUUUAUAAUGGCUUAAUGAGAAGCACCAACCUUCUUUAGAAUUACAGCAAAUAAAAGCAGAGUAACUAAUAAAUUCA